AUGCCUUGGCCGAUCACGGCGAACGCCUCCACAGCCCUGCCAUCCCUCCUCUCGAGUGUGCCGCAGCUCGAGCCCGCAUUGCGCCUGCUCCGGCGCGAGGACCACGGCGCAAGCGGCACAUUCAUCAGCAACGGGCAGAGCACGACGGCUGAGCACGUCAGCGUCUGCACCAUGUCUCGCACAGAGCGCUGCGACCUGUCGGGCAUGGCUCCCGACUCACCCUGGCUGGUUCGUCCGGGUGGCAAGACGCGGUGCAUCUUCACGACCACCACGCCCUACCAGUUUGAGGUGAUUCGCGGCGACCGCGACAAGCUCCUCCUAUUCUUCCAAGGCGGCGGCGCCUGCUGGGACGAGCCCUCGACCAGCUUUCCCGCGUGCAGCACCGGCGCCUUCCCGCAGGGGACACGGGGCGGCGUCUUUGACCGCGCCAACCCCGACAACCCUUUCCGCGCGUACACGAUUGCGCACGUCCUGUACUGCGACGGCAGCGUCUUUGGCGGCAACGUGACGCGCCAGUACCGCGACCCGUCGGGCUCUCCUGUGCGGCAGGCGGGCUACGAGAAUGCGAGGAGCGUGCUCGACUGGGUGUACGGGCAGCAGGCGGCGGCGGGUACGCUCGCCUCGCCGCUCGCGUCGCUCGUCGUGUCGGGCUGCUCCGCCGGCUCGAUUGGAGCGCAGAUCUGGGCCGACCACGCGCUCAACCGGCUGCCGCACGUCGCUGCGGCGGUCGUCCCCGACUCGUACGCGGGCGGCACGCUCAUCGCGGAGCUCGGCUUUUGCUCGUCGCCGCUGCUCGCGCCGCUGCCGGCGCACCUUCGCGAGGCCUGCCUCGCGCGAACCCUCUCGCUGCACGCGGUGACCGCCGCCGUGACGGCGCGCUACGGCGCGGUCGCCUUUGCGCACGUUCAGUCCAAGACGGACGACGUGCAGCAGGCCUUCAACGUCGCGCUCUCCGCCGCGCGCAGCAUCGAGCCGUCGGGCUGCUUCGACGCCGAGACGUGCUUCACGGGGCCGGACCGGCUCUACGCGGCGACCAACGACUACUUCGAGCUCUACAACGCGGCGCCGAACCACGUCCACUUUUUCGUGCAGUCGUCGGAGCACUGCUACCUGCCAAACGACCUGGUCUACACUGCCGACCCGUCCGGGGCCUCGGGCGGCGGAGGAGGGGGCGGGGGCGGAGGGCCGAGGCUCGUGGAGUGGCUUGGCAGGCUGCCGCUGCGGCCGGGCUCGAAUGCGAGCAUCGAGACGCGCUGCGAGGGCGCCGAGCGCGCGAGGGUGCGGUGGUGGGUGCCGGGGGCGCGCUACUGCGACGCGAGGCUGGCAAGCAAGACGUUUGUGGCGCCCGGGACGGUGGUGGCUGGUGGAGGGCGGAGGGACGGCUCGGGGGCGAGCGGUAGGCGGAGGGACGGCGGAGAGGGGGUGGGAGAUGCGGCGACACGGUCUGACCGUUGA